AUGGCAGGCACUGGCCGAGAGGCACAGAGAGCACUGCUAGGCAUGGCAGGAGCUGGAGUCAGAGAGGACGUGUUUCUCAUCUGGAGGGAGAUGGAGGAAGCCUGCAGCACGCUAGCCCAGAUCCAGAGGCUGGUGGCCGAGCCUCCCAAGUCCAACAUGGCUCCAGUAGACUGUGAGUCAGGAGCAACCGCUGUCAAGAUUGAGUCACAGCCAGAAGACACCUGGGACUCUAAGAAGUGGCUACAGAAAUAUGGCUUGAAGGCCCAGAAGCUGUCACUUUAUGACGUCCUAGCUGAUUGCUCCUUCCGCCACGCUGAUGGAGUUGUUGAUAUAAAAGCCAAACCCGAGAAUGAGUCUGUGCAGACCAGUGCGGAGACCAAAAAGAAGACUGUCCAUGCAAAAUAUUGCAGCAGGUUUGUGCACACUCCCUGGAAGGAUGGGAGCUUGGUCCACAUCAGCAUUACCAAGGAGAAAUGCAGAUGGUACAGUGACAGAGUCCAUGUGGUCCUGGCUCAGAUCCAAAGGAGGAUUAAUUGGCUACAGGAUGGGAGUCAAAUCCUCUUUGGAAAAGUGCAUAAUGAUUGUGUCUAUGUCCUCAUCGAUACCUCUCACUCAAUGAAGAGCAAACUGGACUUGGUGAAGGACAAGAUCAUUCAGUUCAUACAGGACAGUACAGACAUGAGGAAGGUAGUUGCAGCUGUCAGCUCUGCUGCAACCCUCACAAGUAACCCUGCUGCCUCUGCAGACACCACAGAUGCAAGGGACGUGGUGGCAGUGCUUGCGUGGCUGCCACCCCCACAAGACAUUGUAGCUGCAUGGGUCACUACUGUGGAUACCACAGCCAAGUGGGUGGUUGCUGCAACUACCCCUUCUGUGGUCACCGCCACCACCAGUGCUGCCAAGCAGCCACCAUCAUUCUGCAAGCAGCCGGCCACCAGUGGAACCACUGCUGUCACACAGGCAGCUUUCCAAAGCCACCUUUGCAACCACCACCACCACCACAAGGUGGCCUACUACACAGCAGUGCCUGCAGCAGCCACUGCUGCUGUGCAGGCAGAUUGCUGA